GUUCUUCUUAAUCUCGGCUGUGUUGUCUAUUUCUCCAUAUUUGCCUGGAAACACCGAGGCUUCUUCGUCGUCACUUUCGCUCUCUCUACCCCAUAUGGAGCCAAGGCCCUCUCACUCGCUUGACCAUUGUUUUUUUAAUUAGUCUCGUGCCCGAUGAGCCUGAAAUUCAAAUAAUGGUUGUAAAUAAACCCCUGGGGCGGAGGAUAAAAUAUAAACAACAGGUUCAAAAGUCUGAAUCUAUCAACUGAAGAUAUCCUCGCCAUAUGUCAAGAUUCUUCUCUGACUAUGGAUACAAUAACGGAGAUGGCCGAUGAAGCAAAGGUGUCCGGCGCGAACCAUGAAGCCAACAAGCAACACAAAUUGACCCUGGAGAAAGAAGGUCAUGGAUGCUCGAAUCUAUCACCGCCGCCGUCAUCCGCAAGCGCCACAUGUCACCAUUCCAAUUCUAGGAGCAGUUGGGGAAGCGAGCAAUUUUCGCAGGACAAAUGUGGACAGUAUCCCGACGCUCGUGUGGAGGGAACCCUUCCAAGGGAAGACCACGGCCCAUACGAGGUCUCGUUCGAUGGUGAUCAAGACCCGAUGUGUCCUCGAAGCAUGCCGUUGGUGAGGAAAUGGGUGAUCGUGUUGAUUGUCUGUACCGGAACCUUAUGUGUGACUUGCACAAGCUCGAUCUACACAACUACCUAUACACAGAUGAAUCCCGAGUUUCACACGUCAACGCUCAUCUCGACUAUAGGACUCUCGUCCUUUGUCUUAGGAAUCGGGACCGGACCGUUGCUCACUGGCCCACUGAGCGAGCACUACGGACGAAGACCCAUCUAUCUGGUCGCGUGGACGAUGUUCCUAGUUUGGACAAUUCCGUCCGCCGUGGCGAAAAAUAUUCAGACAAUCAUUGUUUCUCGGUUCUUCAAUGGCUUCACUGGAGGCACCUUCCUUUCCGUUGCGGGAGGAACUGCCGGAGACGUAUUUUCACGGAAUCAGAUCCAAGCACCAAUGGCGCUUGUUUCAUCAGUCCCAUUCAUUGGACCCUCUUUGGGGCCUGUACUCGGGGGCUUUAUCAACUCCCACUUGGAUUGGAGGUGGACCUACUAUAUCAUGAUCAUUUGGUCCGCCGUGCUGCUCAUCUGCAUGAUAUUCUUUGCGCCAGAGACAUAUCACCCCAUCAUACUACGUGCUAGGGCUCGAGCGCUCCGGCAAGAAACUGGAAACGAACGGUAUAGAGCACCGAUGGAGGAUAACACCAAGACAUGGAGGCAAAUAAUAAUAGUCGCACUUCUGCGGCCAUUCCAACUUCUCUUCCUAGAGCCCAUGUGUUUAUGCUUGGAUAUUUAUUCGGCUAUAUUAUUGGGGAUUCUAUACUUAUUCUUCGGCACCUUUCCGAUGGUGUUCCGAACAACAUAUGACAUGAACCUUUGGCAGGGCGGACUGACAUUCGUGGGAAUUAUAGUCGGGAUGGUUAUCGUCGCCGCUACUACCCCGAUCUGGUCCAACAUUCGUGAGCGUCUGUUGAACAAUAAUGCCAAAGAGCCUGGACGCAGUGAGCCGGAAUACCGACUUCCUCCGGCUAUUGUAGGUGGCAUUCUUAUUCCUCUUGGGCUUUUUUGGUUCGGUUGGACUACCUACUCGAGUAUUCAUUGGAUAGUGCCCAUCAUUGGAUCUGCUGUAUUUGGGGGUGGGUUGUUGCUGGCAUUCACCGGCAUUUUUACAUUCCUUGUCGAUGCUUACCCACAAUACGCCGCAUCUGCCCUGGCUGCUAAUGGCUUUGCUAGGUGCACGUUCGCAGCUGCGUUUCCGCUGUUUGGUAGUCAGAUGUACGACAAGCUCGGCUAUCAGUGGGCAACUAGCCUUCUGGCAUUUCUAACAGUUGCCAUGAUGCCAUUCCCGUGGCUGUUCUUUAAGUACGGAAAAGCACUGAGAGCCAAGAGCAAAUUCGCUCUACCGGACUGAACCGUCACAAAAGAGGUAACGGCUUCAUUUUGAGGAUAGCUGGAUGUGUAAGAGAAGUUAUGCGGUCAUGUUAAUGGGGAGGGGGUAGACUUAGACCGUGGCGGUGCAAUGCCAAUAAGUGUGCAUCCCACCGAGCGACGACAGCAAUACAGAUAGUGCACGUUGGAAGAACGUUAUGUUGGCUGAACCGAUACAUGUUGUAGAAACUGUUGCAUAUGGUUUUAGGCAAAACAUCUCAGGGGGGUUGCCUAUAGACUGAGUUUAUAUUAUCAGGACAUUAGUCCUGAGAUCGUUAUUUGGUAGGCCAACGGCGAACUAAAGACAGAAGACAAGAUACUCAGUCCUACUGAUGUCAUGGUUAGCCUGUCUUAGGGCAGAGUGCCAAACGGUCCUAGUUCAUGCCGUUUCCACCAGAGCUCCUGAC